AUUUUAGGGCUACCGCCUUCGAUCCCCGAUCCGAUCUUUUUCCUCCUCUUGUCUCAAGAUCUCUCGUACAAUUACCCACUUAAGCAUUACAUCUGGAUUUUUGGUUUCAUAGAUCUGUUCAUAUUUCUAUCAUAUUAUAGACUAUUUAUAUAUCAAUUUGCCCCGCCGCCAAAAUGCAUGAAAUGUCCCAUAUGGGCCCUCGGGCCUUCAACCACGAGCAAAGCAGCGAUGCGGAAGCUGAAUACGAUCGCCUCCGCGGCCUAGCCCGCGAGGAGGCUCAGAAGCGCAACUCUUGCUUCCAACGGUCUCAAGAAGCAUACUCCGAAGGUGAUGGCGCAAUGGCCAAGGAACUGUCUGAGCAGGGUAAAGCCCACGGUCGCAAGAUGGCAGAAUACAACAAGCAGGCAUCCGAAUUCAUCUUUCGUGAGAACAACGCCGAAGGGCGCGUGGAGCCCGAUACGAUCGACUUACACGGUCAAUUCGUAGAAGAGGCGGAGGAGAUUCUUGAGGAGCGUAUCAAAUAUGCUAGAGAGCAUGGCCAGAACCAUCUGCAUGUCAUCGUCGGCAAAGGCAACCACUCUGCCAACCACGUCCAGAAGAUCAAACCCCGUGUUGAGCAAGUCUGCCGCGAACUCGGUCUGCAGUAUGCUACCGAAGAGAAUGCGGGUCGCAUCUAUGUCAAUCUCACCGGCGGACCGGCUGACAUGUCUGAAGUUCCGGCGCACUCUGGUUAUGGCCAGUCGCAUGGUCAGUAUCCCGGCCAGCAGCAUCACCAACAGCCACAACAACAAGACCAACAGCAGCAGCAGCAACAACAACAACAACAACAACAACAGGACCCCGUCGAGGAGAUGGUCAACGCGGUUCUCCCACGUGUGUUGCGCAAGCUGGAGAAGGCUUGCUGUGUGGUUAUGUAAAUAUUAUGGGAUCGGUCAACACUUAUGUUCAUGGUCACCAUGCUAUGAAGGAUCAGACAACCUUCGAUAUAAUGUUACAGAUAUAUAAUCAUUGCAGGGGACGAAAAUGCCCGGCUUACGACUGGGAUAUUUACAUGAGCGCUUGGAUUAAUAUACCCAGAGUGUUUAUAUUCUCGCUUUACCAACCAAGUUUAUCAAAUCUUAU